UUUAAAACUUAAAUUAUUAAAAUUACAAAAUGGAUUUGUGUCCACAGCAAACGAUCGAUGAAGAAAAUCAUUUCACUUUUUUAUUGUAUAAUGCGAUUUGUUCAAAAGACGGAAAUAUUGUAAUAUGUCCAAUAUCAAUAAAUAUAAUGCUGGCUGUAAUUUAUCUAGGAUCAAGCGAUGAAACAUCACUUGAGAUUGAAAAAUUAUUAAAAUUAAAAUCAUCAGAUAAAUCUCAAAUUGCUGAAUGUUAUACGAACUUCUUAAAACAAUUCGAUCAUUUAAAAGAAAUUUCAUUGAAUAUUAUCAAUAAAAUCUACAUCAAAAAUGAUUAUGAACUUUUGGAUGUGUUCAAAGAAACUGCCGGUCAAUAUUUUUAUACCGAAAUCGAAACGGUUAAUUUUACGGAUCCAAAUAUUUUGAGUAAAAUAAAUCAUUGGAUUACUGAGAAAACAAAUCAACGUUUAAAAUCAGUUAUCGAUUCAAUCUGUCCAAAUGAUAUUAUGCUUAUAAUCAAUACAAUUUAUUUUAAUGCAUUAUGGGAAAAUGAAUUUAAUAUUUCUAAACAUUCAAUUGAAUUUCAAAUUAACGAAACUGAAAUAAUUGAAGUACCGCAUUUAUUUCGAAAAGAUUUUUUUAAUUAUUAUUGUGAUCCAGAAACGAAAUUAAAAAUAUUGGAAAUACCAUACAAGGAUGAACAAUUUUCAUUUGUUUUAUUUCUUCCAAAAGACGUUAAUGAUUGGAAAGAUUUUGAUCUGUCUAAAAUCAAUUAUAAAGGAAAAUUAGAAGAGAACUUAGUAAAAGUAUCGAUACCAAUGUUUAAAAUUGAACAGUCUCAUGAUUUAACAUGCAUUUUACAAGAGUUGGGUAUGAAAACAGCAUUUAAUAACAGCGCAAAUUUGACUGAAAUGGCAAAACCACAUCAAGAACCUCUUAAAAUUAGUAAAAUUAUUCAAAAAAACUCAAUUAUUGUCAGUGAAAAAGGAACAGAAGCAUCUACUGCAUCACCUGGUAUUAUCAAAAUGAAAUUAUCAUCAUCUGAAACAUUUAACGCUGAUCACCCAUUUUUCUUUUUGAUUCAACACAAACCAACGAAUUCGAUAUUAUAUAUAGGACGUGUUGUCAACCCAAAUAUAUAAUUUAAAAAAAGAUUUAUUGAAACUUUUUGAAAUUUAUGUAAUGUUAUAAUGCUUUCUUUUAUAACCGCUAGAUAGAGUUUCUCUUAGAUAUGACAAAAGCUUUUUAUAAACAAAUGAACAACAAACAAUCUAACUGCUUAUCGUAAACCUAGAAAAAAAUGUAUUUAUCGUCGCUAACCUAAGGCAUAUGCUUCUAAAAAUUAUCUCAAGAAGAAAUUUUGAUAGUAAGCACAGGUUGUGCGAACAUUAAGAGCUGAAACUGCUAAAUUAUUGACAGUGAAAACUCGUUUUAUCGUGUAUCUCUACAACUGUAGAAACCUUAAACUGUCAAGGGUUUUUUAUUGUCAAAAUUCUAUAUCUAAUCUUGUGUCAACUGCUAAUUUUGGGAGACCUUUAUGUAUUAAAAAUUGAUGGUCAU